AUGACUAAAAAAAUGACACACAUCUCCAAAAGCGAAAAAUCCAGACAGCAGUCCUACGACAGUGUGAUGGAUGGAGACGAGAGCAACCAGAUAUCUGCAAAUGUGUUUGAGUGGACUAAGCAAGGAAACGCAGCGGCUCUGGAGAAGAACUCCAGGUUUCUGGACACACGCGACAACAUUGGUGCCAGUCCACUGCACUACGCUUCAGCCAAUGGGCACUUCCGCAUCAUUAGACAUAUCGUGCAGAUCGUUGGACACCAAGAGCUCAAUGUGAAAGAUGAGGAGGGAAACACACCUCUUCACUGGGCCGUGCAGAAGGAUCAGCCCGGGAGCUGCUCUGUGCUUCUGUCUCUGGGAGCGGAUCCAAACGUCCUCAACAACAGCCACCAGGCACCUAUUCAUAUGGCAGUCAGUCUGGGCAAAAACUUUGUCUUAGAGCAACUUGUGUCACAUAAACAAACUGAUGUGAACCUGGAGGGAGAUUUGGGAAACACUCCUGUUAUUUUAUCUGCUGCUUUGGACAACCAUGAGGCUCUGGGUAUAUUGUACAAACAUGGUGCAAAGUUUUGUCGUCAAAACAACCUUGGACAUUUUCCAAUUCAUGCGGCUGCUUUUUCUGGAGCGAAGAAAUCCAUGGAGGUCAUUCUCCUGAAAGGAGAAGAAGCUGGUUUGUCCAUUGACGCCCAUAUAAACUAUGUGGAUAAAUCUUGCAGCAGUCCACUUCACCUGGCUGUACGUGGAGGAAAUCUGGACAUUAUUAAACUCUGCAUUGGAUACGGAGCCAAAAUUGAUCAACAGCAGUGUGAUAAAUCCACUGCUCUCCACUUUGCAUGUAGUCAAGGUGCCACUGAGGUUGUUAAAGUCAUGCUUUCGUCUUACCCUAAAGUGUGUAAUCUUAUCAACAUCACAGAUGGGGCCAACCAGACGCCACUACACAAAGCAGUGAUUUUUGACCAUUUCGAACUUUCAGAGUAUCUUAUGUCACAGGGUGCCAACAUUGACUUUGUUGACUGCAAAGGCCAUUCUCCACUCCUUCUGGCAACAAGUUGCGGAGCAUGGAGAACAGUCAAUCUGCUUCUGUCCCAUGGGGCUGAUCUGACGAAAAAAGACAAAUCUGGAUGCAACUUCUUGCACCUGGCCAUCCUGCAGCCCAGGGGUCUAAAAAACCUGCCCACAGAGGUACUGCAGCAUGAGAGUGUGCGAGAGCUGCUCAAUGAUGAGGAUAUUGAGGGUUGUACACCUCUCCAUUACGCCUGCAGACUGGGAAUACCAGACUCUGUCAAGAACAUGUUGGGACUGGAGGUGUCGCUGGACCAAAAGUCCAAAGAGAAGAAAUCUGCACUUCAUUUUGCAGCUGAGUUUGGGAGGAUCAACACGUGCCACAGACUCCUGGAGAUGGUGACGGACACCAGACUGCUGAAUGAGGGGGAUGAGAAGGGUCUGACGCCGCUUCAUCUGGCCUCUCGCGAGGGACACGUUAAAGUUGUCGAGUUGCUGCUGCGCAAGGGGGCGCUGUUUCACAGUGAUUACAGAGGUUGGUCAGGUCUGCAUCAUGCUGCAUCUGAAGGAUACACCCAGACCAUGGACACUUUGCUGACAUCUAACAUCAAACUUCUAAACAAAAGCGAUGGAGAUGGGAACACAGCUCUACAUUUGGCUGCUAGAGCUGGUCAUGUAGCAGCAGUGCGAUUGCUGUUAUACAGAGGUGCCAAGAUAAUCCUCAACAAAAACGAUGCCUCUUUCCUGCAUGAGGCCGUACAUAAUGCGAGGAGGGAGGUCACCAACAUGGUGAUCGAGAGCGACAGAUGUGAAGAAGCGAUGACAACAUACAAACCAAACUCAACGAAACGCUGCAUUGUAAUGGACAUGAUUGAGUUUCUUCCAGAGUCCUUUAAACAUCUUCUUGACACUUGCAUAAGGGAAUCCGAGGAAGAUGUUAACUGCACAAAUUACUAUAUUGAGUACAAUUUCAGGUGGCUUCAGCAUCCACUACAAAACCUUAAAAAAACAGGCAUGGAAAAAGACAUGGCAUACAAACCUCUCAGCGCACUAAAUGCUAUGGUGAAUUUUAACCGUGUCAAUUUGCUCACCCAUCCAGUGUGCAAGAAAUAUUUGGAGAUGAAAUGGAGUGCCUAUGGGAUCAAAGCACACCUGCUCAAUAUGACUGUUUAUGCGCUUGGGGUCUUUCCUUUAACAUACCUCAUUGUGAAUCUGAAGCCCACACUGGUCACGUCAAGAAAUGUCACAUCCGUCAACAUGGUCUGCACAUCCCUCUACAAGCAAUCCUACCUGACAACAUCAAGCAUGCUGCUGGUUCUUGCUAUGAAUAUGUAUGCAGUGGGGAAAGAGAUCCUGCAAAUGUUUCAACAGCGGCUGAAUUAUUUGCGGGAUUUGUCGAACUACAUGGACUGGGCGGCUGCGAUCUGUGCUCUGCUGUUCGUGGUGCCCCUGCUGAUGAACGUGAAGAGCUCAUGGCACUGGCAGGCUGGAGCGCUGGCAGCUCUGACCUCCUGGCUCAAUCUGCUCCUCUAUCUCCAGCGGUUUGAACGGAUUGGUAUUUAUGUGGUGAUGUUUCGAGAGAUUUCACGGACACUGCUGAGCAUUAUCGUUUUGUUCUUCUACCUGAUAUUGGGAUUUGCUUUGUCCUUCUAUGCCUUGAUGAUCGAACAGCAGCAUUUUGGAAGGAUGUUCCUGUCACUGCUGCAGACCUUUGUCAUGAUGGUAGGAGAAAUGAACUACCAGGACAACUUCAUGAAGCCCUACCUACAAGGAGAUCUUCCUUUCCCUGAUUUGACUUUGGCGAUAUUUGUGUGGUUUGUCUUACUUGUGCCUAUCCUUCUCAUGAACCUUCUGAUUGGUUUGGCUGUUGGUGACAUAGCAGAGGUUCAGACAAACGCCUGCUUAAAGAGGAUUGCGAUGCAGAUUGAGCUCCACACUAACCUGGAGGAGAGGCUUCCUUAUUGGUUCAUGAAGCGGGUGGACCAGGUCACUAUCAGAGAAUACCCAAACAGAUGCUUCAGCGGAAAGAAAAGAUGGUUUUUCGGAGGGAAUGAGGUGAAGUCCAGGACGCGUCUCGGUCCUACCUUCCACCAGUUAACUCCACUGGAAAGAGAGCUAACCAAACAGAAAUACAGGCUGAAGGAGAUUUCCGAGACCAGAAAGCAACACAACCUGCUAAAGCUGAUAGUGCAGAAGAUGGAGAUCAGCUCAGAGGCCGAUGAACACGACGGCCCCCCAGUGUUUCAGGAGCUGAAGAGAAACUCUCACCAAAGCAAAUGGGGUCCACUGCUCAGAGCGGUGACCGCCAGAAAGAAGGGAAUCUGCAGUUUCGUCAAAACCUAAUAAACACAGCACUGCUUGAACAGCUGCGCUAUUUACUCAAACAGUAGCUACGUUUCCAUCCACCCAUUUUUAUGCGCAUUAAAACGUAAGCCCAUAACUGAGCAGGAUAAACUUUUAUUCAAUAAGAAGAAAUGCGCACAAACUACAAUGGAAACAUUUUAACCGAAUAAAUUCCAGUAUGCGUAUUAAAAAAGGUCAUGUGAUUUUGUUAUAAGAGAGCAUGUGAUGAUAAAAAGGUGUGUGAAUGGAUAACCAGCCGGCUGAGCAGAUUGUAAAACAUCUGAAAUGUUGUUUUUGGUCAUUCUAAACCGCAUCAGUAUUAGUGUUAUUAUAUUAUUAAUUACCUAAAAAAAUUAAUAAAUUUUAAAAAUCAAGAGGCGUCUUUGCUCCACGUCUGAUGCCUUCAAACACCACCGCGCGCUCACUGCAUGUCAGGAUUGUCUUCUGAGGAGCAAGUCAUUUAUUAAAUGAAAAGAUUCACACAGCUUCUCUUAUCGCAGCAAAUUCCGUUUUUACUGUUGAUA